UUAAUUAUAAUUAAUAAAAAAAGAAGCAUAAAUAACAAUGUAAAAGUCACGUGAUUUUGUACGGCUUCAUAUUGGCUGAUGCGGGUAUGACGUCACAAGUUGGCUGCAAACUGUCACAACAUUGAGUUUGUUGUACAUUUUGAUGUUUGUUUAAAAAAAAAUAAUUAUUGAUUAAAAUAUGACUGAAUAUAUAAAAGCUGGAUCAGAUAAUUUGCCCAAAGUGACUGUUUUAAUGGUCAGUGACUUUUUUAUUGAGAGUGAUUUUUUUAAUGCAGCAGAAACUCGUGGAGUUAAAGCAAAAAAAUCCGAACGUGAAGAAUAUGGAGACCAGGCAAUUGGUUAUGUAGAACUUAGCAGAAAUAGGUCCUCUUGCAUUGUUCGAGGGAAAAUUUGUCCUGAACAUAGGGUACGAAACAAACCGUAUGUGGUAUCCGUGACAGUGGAUGAAAAAAACGAAAAAAUUAAAAAAGUCGAAUGUCAUGAUUGCGCAGCAUCGGCAGGUGGCUGCAAGCAUGGCAUUGCUUUUCUCAUGUGGCUGCAUCGUCGAAGUGAAGAACCUUCUCCUACAUCCACUAUUUGUUAUUGGAAAAAACCUACUUUAUCAAAUGCAGUCAUGAGUUUAAAAUAUUUAAGACUAACAGACAUAAAGAAACCAAAAAAUAUUGAUUUUCAAAGUGACAAUAGUUUUCUAAAUAAAGUAGUAGAGCAAAUGAAAGGACAUAAUCAUGACUGUCAGCUAUCCAGAUAUUUUUUGCCUACAAAUCUCGAGAAAACUGCAUCAAUGCAUCAUUUAAUGAUAAAUUUUUUUUCCCAAAAAAAUGAUAAAAAUGUUUUGAAAUUUGUAGAUUUUGCACAAAAUAUUCUGGAUGCAAAUUUAAUUGAUUUAGUAGAAAAACUAACGAGGGAUCAAAGCAAUUCGACUUUAUGGUUUGAACUUAGAUAUGGUAGGAUAACUGCUUCAAAUAUUCACGAAGCUUCUAAAUGUAAAACUGUCGAUGGAUCAUUAACAAAUAGGAUAAUGGGAGUGUCGAAACUGAGAGAUAAUGAAGCUAUGGAGAGAGGUCGAAGAUUAGAGAAUCAAGUUCUUAGAGUUUUAGAAGAAACUGAAAACAUAAAAGUAGAAAAAUGUGGAUUGCUAUUAAAUGAUAAAUAUCCAGCAAUUGGAGCUUCUCCUGAUGGAAUAGGAGAAAACUUCGUUGUAGAGGUUAAAUGUCCGAUGUCAGAAAAAGCCGAAUAUCGUUAUAUUUCAAAAAAACAUAAAAUCAAUGACAAGUACUUAGCUCAGAUACAAUUGCAAAUGUUAAUGGCGAAAAAAGUGAAAGGGUAUUUUUGCAUGGCAAAUCAUGACUUCGAAACUUCCAAAAACGUUUCCAUUAAUGUGAUAAAUUAUAAUGAAAAAUAUAUUAAAAAAAUCAUAAUGGAGGCCAUGACAUUUUGGAAAAAAAAUAUUUUUCCAGUGCUUUUUGAGUCUAUCGAGAAAUAACGAAUUUAUUGAGAAAUAAAAU